UAUUUGGCAUCUCAAAUAACAACACACGAUCUACAUCAGUCUAGUUCUUUUGAUAGCAAUACGAUAACCUUUUCUAUUGGAUUAGAUGAAUCAAUUGCAUCUGAUGCAUCUGAUGUAUCAGAAAAUUUACAUAGUUUGGAUACUGAAUCGAAUUCUAGUAUACCUGAUCAAUCUACAUCAUAUAAUAGUAGCGUUACAGUAACUAAUAGUUUAGGUAAACAGAUUAUAAAACGAAAAGCUUUUACCUGUACUAAAAGAUCGAGACCGCAAAAAAGUUGGGUGUGGGACUAUUUUAAGAAAAAUAAACUUAAGAAAAAGGCCUAUUGUUUAGUUAAAAUACAAAAUGAAAAUGGUAUCGAAGUAAAAUGCAAUCAUGACUAUGAAUUAUCAACUGGAACAGGAAAUCUAAAAUCUCACCUACGCCAAAUUCAUAGAAUUUUACCUCCCGAAAAAAAUAACAACAAAUCAACACAAAUAGUUUCAAACCAACAAUUCUUACAUGACUUUAUAAAUAAAAAAGUGCUUUUGCCUUCUUUAAAACAAAAUAAAAUUAUCAAUCAUAUUUUAGCUUGGAUCAUAAAUGACUUACAACCAUUUUAUGCCAUUGCAAAUGAAUCUUUCUGA